UGUCUCAUGAUUGAUUGGUUGCUCUUUGUCAAUACUGUCUCCUCGCUGUCCACCAGUCUAGUAAUCACAAGAGCAGUGGGUGGACGGUGACAGGCAACAGGACAGUGAUGCAAAUAAAAAAACAGCUCGGAAAAAGCAGUGCGCCGUUCAAGUUUUAUCCUUAUAUGGCUGAUUUACACUAGAGGGGUAUUAAGGCAAUGAUCCAUGUAGCUCAUUUGGCGUGCUAGCCUGAGCGAUCAUGUGAUUACAGUCUUGUCUCGGAUUGACACGAGGCCACUGUCACAUGUCAGUCAGGAGGAGGGUCACAUGAUGGAGGGACACAAAUACUGAUUCUUGGAACAAACAAGCCAAUUUCUGCGACUCGUUUUCAAAAUUGAAUCAGGCGCAUUCUGAUGCGUAAGCAUAAAUGUGUCUGGGAUGGUGAGAGCAAUGCGCCGGUGAGGUUUGGAUUUGAGUGUCAGAUACUCAGGGCUCGGCUGAACUGAAGCUGAAGAUAUGAUAAACAAAUCCACAAGUCAGGUGACGUAUCGAGUUGUUCAGGUGACUGACCAGCACCUCGACGGAAGAGACGAUGGGGGCGGAGCAGUGAGCGUUGUUUCAACUUCUGCCUUUGCUGGCGCUCCUCAGGCUGUUGCUCAGGCUGUGAUCCAAAACCCUUUCAGUAAUGGAGGAAGCCCAGCAGGAGAGGCGGUGGGUGGGGAGACGCGCUUCGCUUACUUCCCGGCGGCCGCGGUGAGCGAUGGGACUGUGUCUGUGCAGGCUGCCGCGGACCCCACACUCACACAGGCAGGGGCCACAGGUCAGUUUUACGUGAUGAUGACCCCACCCGAUGUCAUUCAGACAGGAGCGCAGCGAACCAUCGCCCCACGCACGCAGUCCUUCCCUGCAGGUGAAAACGAGCUGCUGCAACACGAAGGUUUAAACUGGAAAAUGGACGGGCCACGAACACCGAGAGAUGAAAGGAGGAGAGCGCAACAUAAUGAAGUCGAGAGGCGGCGGAGAGACAAGAUCAACAACUGGAUAGUCACCCUUUCCAAGAUCAUCCCAGACUGUAACAUUGACAGCACCAAGACUGGAGCAAGCAAAGGGGGCAUCCUGUCCAAAGCGUGUGACUACAUCCGUGACCUGAGGCAGAGCAACCAGCGACUGCAGGAGAGUCUGAAGGAAGUGGAGAGGAUACAAGUGGACAACGAGCUGUGCAGGCAGCAGAUUGAAGAGCUGAAGAACGAGAAUGCUCUGCUCCGAGCACAGCUCCAGCAGCACGGCAUCGAAAUGGUCGGAGAGACGUCGCCGCAGUGAAGGAAAGAGCGACGCAAAGAGCCGGGGACGAGAACUGCCGCCACACGGACGCGCUGCUGUCGGGGCGGCGGACGAGGCGAUGAGGAAAAAAAACAAGGACUUGUGAAGAAUCACCUUCUUUUCAGUGAAAGCGUCCUUCCCCCAACCCCCAACCCCCGGGGUUGCAAACCCUUCAUCGGCCAAUCGUGGCCGUACUUGACUGUUCUGAUCAUGUUGAGAUGUCGACCCGCAACGACUCAGUAGUAAAUGUGCUCCGAGAGAAGACGCUCGCUCGCCACCAUCAGAGUGAGAACCUCUGCUGAACUCCUCUCCCUUGUUUUGUAUUUAUGUAGCCUCACUCACGGACUAUGAUGUUUGCCAUUUAAUUUUGUCAGUGUAUUCCCCCUCCCCCAAGUUAUUACUUUUUGAAUUAGUUUAUGCUUUUAUUCCGUUUGUUUUUCAGUUGUGUAUUAAUAUGUUGUUUUUAGCUGCUUUAAUUUAUUAGUCCGCAUGCUGACAGAAGCCUUCAGUUACACUGAAGCUCGUGCACCCCCAGAGAAGCAGAUUGGAUUUUUUUUUUUGUGAAAAAAGAACCCCACAUGUUAUGAUUCUGCAGAUGGAAAUUAUGUGACACAUAACUCACCUAGACCCAAAGACAAACGAGGAGCUCAAGUAUGCUGGCCUUUGCUUUCGGGCUAAUUCAUGUAAAUAUGACUUUAUCAUGUUUUAAUACAGAUGUUACAGAAUGUCAGAGCAGAUAAUCUCGGGGAGUAAACAAUCAAUAACUCAUUAACUUCACGCUGGCCCUUUGUCAUAAUAAUCUGUGUGUGUGCAAUCUCAAGGCUUGAUUUGAGAAAAGAAAGUGUUUGUGGUUUAAUUGAAUUGUUGGGCAUUUGCUUGACCAGGAAAAUAACAGAACACGAAACAGUUCAUCAAAAAUCGCUCGUGAGGAUCCAACCGAUUUUUAAAAAAAAACCGCAUUAUUAAUUACAAACAGAGCAUGCAGACGAUCGACGAGUGCAGUGCAGAGUUCAACUUUUGCUAACCUAUAUACACAAACAAAUGUAGGUACUGCGGUUUUCUUUUUCAUCUAUUGUUCCAUGUGAUUUUACUGGUGUCUCAGUACCUGUAAAAAAUAACCCCCACGUUUCAUUUUCAAGCCGUUUGCUCUAUUUUGGUAUCGCGGCGCUUAAAAUGCUCAAUGCACAAGGGGAGAGAGCGGCACCCUGGAGAGCAGCACUCAGAAGACUCUCUGCUCACCGCUGAAACAGAGCACGCAGAAAUUCUGUGUCGCACAGCUCGAAAAAAAUACGGAAUAGCUGGAAAGUGGGGAAACUCGGGGAGUUUGAUUUCACAUCCUUUUCUCCACCCACUCAGGCGAACAGUAUGUAAGACUGUAAUUGGCUGUACGAGCAGCAAGAGCCAAUAUUAACAUUGUUGAUGAUUUUGUGAACCAAUAUACAUGACGUGCUGUCGCUCCGCUGUGGGCGACGCGGAGGGGAGAUGUCGAGCUUUUUCGGAGCCACUUAGCAGAGCACAAUCGCUUCUCCCUGUACCAACCACUUAGGAUGCAGCAAAACAAAAGCAACACUCGAGACUGCUGGCAAAAAAAACAAAAAACGGGCACACACGUCACAUUUUUAAUAUCUCUUACUUCUGUCAAUUUUACAGCUUGUGCUUUGGAAAUAGCUGUUCUGCUACUACCGCUAGAUUCAAACCCGAUACGGCUAGUGUCUGAUCUGUCAAACGUGGCUCCUCGCCAGAGUUGAAUGAUGGAUAUUUUGCAGUAUUUUUUUUCUUUUUUUCUUUUUUUUUUUUUACAUCUCAGAGAGAGAGAAUUGGAGAAUGUGAAGACAUCUGUAAUGCUUUGGAAGAAAUGUUCACAAAUGAAAGGUCAUUCGUGGCUGAAUUUUUUUCUCUCUCUCUGUCCUCCUUUCCUCUUUUGAAAUGGCAAAAGAACAGGAAUAAACAACUCCUCUGUCUGUAGCAGCCUCACUCUUCUCAGGUUAGAAAAAAAGUACGUCAUCUUUUACAGUCAGAUGGAAAAUAAAUACUUUCGCUAGCUAAUAACCUUGA